AUGACAGAUAAUGCCCUAUCUGAUUCGACCGUGACGCCGCGCAAGUACCAGGAAGAGAUAUUGCAUCAUGCGCUAAAAGGCAACGCCAUUGCCGCGCUGAAGACGGGAAGCGGCAAGACGUACAUCGCCGUGCUUCUUAUUCGGUACAUCUGCGCGCUGCCUUCGUCUGAGGGAAAGAAGAUUAUCUUCAUUGUACCAACUGUCCCGCUCGUACUGCAACAGGCGGCCUACAUCGAGAAGCACAUCCCCUCGCUACGCAUCGCGCGCGCUCACGGUGGUCGGGUCGACAGUAUCGUCGACCGAGCGGCGUGGCGCGAGAACAUACAAAGGGCGGAUGUGCUAGUAUCAACAGCCCAGAUUUUCUUGAAUCUCCUCACACAUUCGCAUCUCAGUAUGGACAGGGUCUCCUUCUUGAUCCUCGAUGAGUGUCACCACGCACGUCGGAACCAUCCUUAUAAUCGCAUCAUGCAAGAAUAUCAUCACUGCGACCCAUCCAUGCGCCCCAAGAUCUUUGGCAUGACUGCCAGUGUAUCGCAGAACAAGGACGCCCAGAAGUCCAUCAGUGAUUUGGAGCACAAUCUUCAUGCAACUGUCCUUGCUGUGAAGGAACACCGAAGCGAACUGGAUGAGCUUGUUCCCGAGCCAAGAUUAGAAGUCUUGGCGUACUCAUGCUCUCCGGUGUAUACGGACAUAGCUGCUUAUCCGGAGUGGCCGCGCGUUCUCUGCGACGUCGUCCUCAGCACCCUUUCUGAUCACGUCGACAACGAGCUCGCGGAGCAGUUAGAGAAGAUGGGCAAACGAUAUCAUACCACGUACGGUCUUCUUGGCCUCUACGCUGCUGAGAUGGGCCUCUACACGGAUCUUGGCGACUUCUUCAAAGAGGUUCUGAAGUCCGCCACAACCAUUGACACCUUAACACUUCGACGUCGCUAUCUGGAUGGCGCUCCGAUGAUGGGCAUAGGAAAGGAGACCACGCCAGUCAUAGAUGCUUGCGUUCAUGCGCUUCACGGCGUCCUCCAGGAACAUGAUCACUACUUCGCGUCACCGGUUUUCCAUGCACCUCUAUGGCCUUUCUCUGACCAAUGGAUCUCCCCUCGACUACAAAAUUUGAUCGAUCUCCUCAUUGCGAAGCAUACGCCCGCCCUCAAGGGCAUGAUCUUUGUUCAAGAGCGUCAUACUGCGGUUUUCAUGACCGAGAUCCUCAACCGCACCCCCGCUCUACAGGAUCUUGUGAAAGCCCGGUACCUUGUCGGUAUCGGGCAAGGCUCGGGUGAGAUCGGAGGUCGGACGAUGUCCGCGGCGGAACAGAAGCGAGUCGUCGAGGCGUUUCGCGGGGGAGAUACUAAUCUCAUUGUCGCCACAGAUGUAGCUGAAGAAGGACUAGAUUUCCCGGCUUGCGAUCUUGUCGUUCGCUUCGAACCUGUGACGAGUCUGAAGGGCUUCAUCCAGUCUCGUGGGAGGGCCCGCAAAGUCGACUCUACAUUCGUCGUGAUGAUCCAGCAGGACACGGAUGAUCUCGCUCAGCUUCACCAUCUCAUUGCGCUUGAAGAAGAAGCGAAGGCGCUCACUCAAGACGCUCAACUACGACUGCCGCCCCUUGUCGCUCUCGACUCUGAAGAUGGCGAUGAAGACAUGCUGGAGGGCGAGCGAUUUGUGGUACCAUCAAGCGGGGCCGUCCUCACCUAUGGGAACGCGAUCUCCUUGCUCGAGCGCCUCUUCUCGCUUAUCCCGCGCGAGCCCUUCACGCCUGAUCCGAAGCCCAACUACACGAUAUCAGGCUCCUUCGAAUGCGUACUCGAGCUGCCCGCCUCCGCAAUCCCUCUACCUCUUGCAGAUCGUACCUUCCAAGGGCCGAUCAAGCCGUCGAAGCGUCAGGCACGUAAUGCCGCGGCAUUCAAGGCCGUCCGGCGCCUUCACGAACUCGACAUCUUCGAUGCGUAUCUCCUCCCCUCUCGCCGCCGCGGAGGUCAAGAAGAUGUGGACGGGAGACCGUUGGCUGACAUGUCUCAUGUGCCUCCGGUAAUGGAUGUUGAAGUACGGUAUCCGUGGACGCUGGGCCCCAGCCUUUGGAUCCAUCCUGUGCGCGUCGAUGAUCAGCUCUCUGUUGGGCUCAUCACAGGAUCUAUGCUCCCACCUGUAGAUCUCAUCUGUGACGAGCACGCCUUUCGAACCGGUGAUCCCGUCCCAGUACGCUUCGACGAAGCGGGAGAGUGGAGACAAAGAGAUCUACUGCAGCGGUACACAGAUAUCAGCAUCUGGUGGACAAUUUCCUCUCGACCACGCCCCGACCCGUUGACGUGCUACGCUGUCCCUAUCUGCGAGGAUCUUCAACCCAACUUUGUCGCAAUUGAGCAGACGCUACAAUCACCAUAUGGUUCGUCCGAGUGGGCGCCCAUCACGGACGAACUAUCCGGCAAAAUACUCGUCCGGCAUCGCUUUCAACACGGGCGAACGUACCUCUUGCGUUGCAUACGCCAUGACCUGAGUCCGUCCUCUACUCCUCCGGGUGACGCGCGAGAAGCCGGAUACGCCACAUUUAGGGACUAUCUCCUUCAUAAAUUGAGGACAAGAAACAUUGAGCCCGAGCAAAUACCGUUGGAUGGUCCGCUCGUUGAACUGUACCGCGUCAACAAGCAAAUCCUCGGCUCAUUCGAUAUCGGCCUCGAUGGUGCUUGCGCAUCCAACCCUCCUUUCAUCGAUCCACGACCAUACUUCUUACCUCUUUCCUUGUGUACCUGGUCGUCUAUACCCGAGUCUGUGUUCCACUUCUACCGGACGUUACCCCGUCUUCUCCGUCUUCUCACGUCCGUCUAUCGGUCCCGCUCUGCGCGCUUCGCGCUUGGUCUUCCCGCCAUCACCGACUUGCAUCUAGUUCAAGCACACACUCUUCCCAAUGCCAUGUCCAGUUUCAGCAACCAGCGCCUCGAGACCCUGGGCGAUCUUGUCCUCAAAGUUGCAACCAGUGUACAUCUUUUCAAUAGGUUUCCUGCCUGUCAUGAGGGGCAGCUCGAUCGCAAACGCUCCCUCUGCAUUCGUAACUCGACACUCCUUGUGCACGCGAAGGAGAUCGAUCUCGAGCAGUUCCUCACGGCCGAGACUCAGGAUGUGCGUACGUGGCCAUACGUCGCCGGUACAGAAGAUCCCGAGCAUGUCGAUCGCCGAGCGAAGAGGAUCAUGCCUCGUAGAUGCUUGCAGGACUGUAUGGAGGCGACGCUUGGUGCUGCAUGGCUAUCGGGCGGUAUGAACUUUGCCUUACGGACGGGCACUGCCCUUGGUCUCGACUUCGGCGGGACGAUACCUUGGUCUCUGCGCUACAGCCGCAACCCCGAGCCACAAAGAGUGCCGCCGAUCUUCGGUGAACUGCAGGAGAAACUGUGCUACUGGUUCCAUCGACCAGAUACUCUCCGGGAAGCUCUGACACAUCCGACAUGGUCGAACGAAUGUAUCUCAUACCAACGUCUAGAGUUCUUGGGAGACGCACUCAUAGACCUCCCUAUCAUGGACUAUCUUUACCACAAGUUCCCUGCGGCAAAGCCCGGUCAGCUCUCGACGAUGCGCGAAAGUAUCGUUUGCGCGCCUGUCCUCGCUUGGAUAGCGGUGACGAAACUCUCGCUGGAUACUCUCAUACUCGUGAACAAUGUGGAGCUCUCGCUUGCCAUUGAGAAGUAUGCCGUAGAGUUGCGAGGGCUUCCCGUCGCAACCAUCGUCCGCGAAAGCUGGGCCCACGACCCGCCGAAGGCGCUCUCUGAUGUCCUCGAGAGCGUUGUUGGUGCCGUACUGCUUGACUCGGCAUACAACAUUGAACGUGUCAACGCUAUCGUCACUGAACUCAUGCGCGAAGUUCUCGAGGAGGUACACCCGGAUAUGUUGCGCGAUCCCGUCUCGCGGUUGAUGGUAUGGACGGCGAAGCAGGGGUGUCGCAGGAUGCUCUUCCAGAAGUCCCGAAGUGUACACCGACGCGAAGGUUAUGAUACAGCCGCGGUUGUUGUCCAUGGGGUCACAGUUGGCGAAGCCGUCCAGUCUUCAUCGCUCCCGGUAUCCAAGGCGUUCGCUUCCAAUCAUGCCCUCAAGAUCUUGCAGGAUAGCGAGCACGAAUACUCGCUGGGACGGUUGUGCAAUUGUACCCAGGGGGACGUUGGCUCGCACAACUUCGGCGUGGUCUUAGCCGUCGGUACGGCGAGCGCCCAUCCUCAUCCGUCGGGGUUGCCUGCCGUACACCACGAGGCAGGAGGAGACGCAUCACCGGCCGCCGCGCUUCCUCAAAGCACAAAUGCCCUUGCCGGUAAUGCGCAUGGUGGAUAUGACGACGACGAAGAUCGCGAAGACUUGGACGACAGCACGGAGACAGGUUUUGCUGGGCUCGCCCAACAGAAACUUCUGGCAGAGACUGAGAUCGUGGAUGACGAACUCGGAGGGCAAGAGGGAGACGGAGGUUCUGAUGCAGCUUCUGAUGUUGGCCUCGGCGACUCGGACUUACAACUGGAUGUCGAAGAUGCCAUGCAUAUAGACGCUCAGUGA